UAUGUCAAAAUUGCUAACAAAACAAAACCAUGUGGUGUUUGAGCAGAACGUAAACAAUUUUAUUUUUGAGCUUGAAAAAAAUAUAAAAUGCCGGCAGUAAUUGAUAAGAAUGUCCUCGUAUACAAAGGGAGCAACUUCUUUCGACAGAGAUUAUUAUUAUCCACGCUCAGCGGUCGUGCCAUCAAAGUUGAGGACAUUCGAAGUGGCCAUGACGACCCUGGUCUCAGGGAGUAUGAGGUGAAUUUGAUCCGGUUAUUGGACAAGGUGACGAACGGCACUAGAGUGGAGCUGGGAGAAACCGGGACGUCUUUGUAUUUCCAGCCUGGAAUUUUGAUUGGAGGACAGGUCAAUCACAGCUGUUGUGUUCAAAGGGGUAUAGGGUACUACUUAGAAGUAUUACUAGCAUUGGGUCCAUUCUGCAAGGAACCACUAAAUGCUGUGCUACAAGGAGUCACCCACAGCGAUCUUGAUGUGUCUGUAGAUAAAGUGAAGGCGGCUGCAUUGCCGAUACUCCUGAAGUUUAUCCUGGUCGAUGACGGGCUGGAGCUCAAAGUGGUUAGAAGAGGAGCACCACCAUUAGGUGGGGGCGAGGUGGUGUUCAAGUGUCCCAUGAGACGUCACCUCAGACCUCUGCAGUGGACCAAGUGGGGGCUGGUCAAGAGGAUCCGGGGGGUGGUGUAUGCUUUGAGAGUCUCUCCGACUAUGGCCAAUAGGGUUGUGGAUGCUGCUAAGGGGGUAAUGUUGAAUUUCAUACCAGACGUCUACAUCAACACAGACCAGUGCAGGGGUCCGAAUGCUGGCAAAAGCCCAGGGUUUGGGAUCAGCCUCAUAGCGGAAACUAAUGAGAAGACUUUCUAUUGUGCUGAAGCUAAAUCUUUGGAGCCAGGCAAGGGCGAGAGCUCCCUGCCCGAGGACAUAGGGCGGGAGUGCGGCCAGCGGCUGCUGGACGAGGUGCGCCGCGGCGGCGCCGUGGACUCCGCCUGCCAGUGGCUGCUGGCGCUGUGGAUGGCGCUGGGGCAGAAGGACGUUAGCGAGUGUGUCGUGGGUCCCCUAUCAGAUUAUACGAUCAGCUUCCUCCAGCACCUCAAAGAGUUUUUCGGAGUAAUGUUCAAGCUAGAGGUGGUCCGGGACGGCUCCGACGAGGAGCUGAGCGCGCGCAGAGUCAAGAUGACGUGUGUCGGGAUAGGUUACGUUAAUAUUAGCAAGAGGACUUUGUAAUAAAUUAUAUUUUGUUCAUAAAAAAUAUUUGUU